CGAAGAUGAACCAAGAAACUAAUUCUGCUAGUCCAACACCAUCUUCCGCAGAAAACUCUGCAGAUUAUGCGAGUCGCAUCCUCGGAUCCUCUGCGAGUGCUCUUGCACAGCAAAACCAAGAUCUUUUGGAAGAGGAUUUAGCGGAAUUGCGGUACCUGGAGCGGCAGUUGGGACUGAGCGAUAGUAAGAAGCGGAAGAAGAUGGAGAAAGAGUUGUCCUUGGACGGCAUAGACGACGACUUGUUGGGAUUGUGUGACUCCAUCAUGCUGGGAAAAGCAGGGCAGAAAAGUAAGAAGGGA